GGUACGAGAUGUUGAAGUACGACGAGUCCAGCGUGCGUUCCUGUUACGACUCGUUCUCGGGCAUGAGGGACACGCUGGUGUAUUGCUACCAGCACCCUCCGUCAACGUUCCCUCAGUACAAAGAGCUAGAAGAGAAGAUAGUGACAGGCUUCAACGAGAACCGAACUCCCAAGUUGCAGACCCAUCAGACAUCUAAGGGCGAUGACCCUUGUAAUUUGUAUUGGAACGCCCGCGUGCACUUGUGGGCGCUCAAGCCAGAGUCGCUGCGGCGAAACGCGUCGGUGACGUUCAGCAUGCUCCCGCUCCCAGAUAAGGGCAUGCUCCUCGAUCAGCUGCAUGCCAGCGUCGGCACGGACAAUGUUCGGGAGGCGUGUGAAAAACUGUCGUAUUCUGGUAAGUGGGAAGAAAUUCCAAUGAGACUGUGUCUCGGCACGGGCAAGCAAUACCAGGCCGUGGACGAGGGCCCCGCCGACGACGAGCCUGACGGGGCACCGAUGGCGCCCCGUGCUGCGCGCGGCGGACACGCCGCGAAGGUCGCAGUGGCGUGGUCGAACUAUUACGAGACCUGCUACAUGAGGCGGUGCCGUAGCUGCGGCGAGGACUGACUCGCGUACAAGAGCCUCGA